CACGCAUGCGCAGAGACAUCGUCAGUUCGCGCUAGCCGGUGCUCUUGCGCCGCACGCGUCAUAAAAUACAAAUACCAGUGGCGGUUUGAGUCGAUCGUGCUGUGAAGUGAUCGAAGAUGCGAUCCGCAUUGCUUUGCGUUUUCUUUACACUAAUUAUACAAAGAGGAAGAAUUCGCGCAGAAAACGAUGACUUCAGACCUACACCAAUCCCGUUGAACGAAUGGCACCACGAAAGAAGAGAAGGUCGCGCGGGCAUGUUGCACGAAACUUUUAAAACAAACUCACCGCCUUCUAUAGCUGCAGUAGCUGCGCACUACUGGGAAGACGCUUUGAGACACAGCGUAUAUCUUACUCUCGUUAGAGAUAAAAUUGACCAGCUUAUUGCCAAGGGUGACGUCAAAUCUCCAAAUAGUAAACCAGACAGUUACGAUUCUAAAGAGAUCGAUGAUCACGAUUUGUGGGAUAAAAUUAAAACUGCACCUUUCGAUAGAAUACCAGAAGAGGAGCCAGCUUAUUUCAGUGACGUCACAAUAAUGGCAAAGGGACGCCUUUUAGAAGACAAAGGCGGCUUUCGAUUCGCUGAAGACGAAAGGACGAAAGAAAAAUGCAGUGGUGACAAAUGCAUGGAUGGUGUAAAAGCAUUUUGGUCUGUCAAACGCGUUCGACAGAGAGACCAAGAAACAUCACCUGGAAAAUAUCAUUACGAGUUGACAUUCUCUGUUAUCUCUCAACUACCUAAAAAGCAAAAGAAGCCAUAUGAAAAUCCGAUCCGAACAUUUACAGUAAAGGAAAGCUCUCCAAAAGGAAUAAUAGAAAGACCACAAGAACAUCGUAGAUUUGAUCCAGUAUCUUUUCAUACGUCACGGCCAGAAAGAGCUGUAUGGGUCCACAAAAAUAUAGCACCAUCAAAAUCUUUUACCGGAAGAAAACAAUACUUUUCAGGGUUAGAUAGAAUAUUUUCUUCGUUUUUCUCAGACGACGACAAUAGUUCAUAUGAAUCAACACAAUAUAAGUAUAAACCCAACUCAUAUUCAGGUCAAACAGGAUCACAAUAUUCAAAAAUGGGACACGUCGGGGUAGCUGUGGAUAAACAUCACAUGCCUUAUCCGUAUAGACCACAUCCGGUUCAACAUGUACACCCGCCUUUACAAACACCACCGACCAAUCAAAUGCAACAAUAUUUGGAUGUUGGAUCAUAUACAACGGCUAACAGUAAUCCAUACGCACACUAUUCAUAUGACCAUCGCGUAGAAUCAAGCCAACCUGUAAAAACAACUCGGCCAGCUGUCUUGCCCACACCUCUACCACCAGUUUUGCCAUCUAAAGAUCAAGCUCCAGAUACGACGAAUACGAUGUCUUUAGAAAGCACGGCAUUUACUCCUAACACAAUGAAGAUACAUAAACCUUACAACAAAUAUAAAUCAACACCAGUUAAAGUCAAUUACUUAUCCGAGCAUGUAAGACCUCCAAUUUAUAAUGCUCCACCCGGUGUUUUCGUUACAAUGGACAAAAAACCAUUUAAACCGAUGCCACCUUUGAAACUCGUUCACUCGUCUAAGACACACAGACCAAAUAAACCAAUUGAUUUCAGGCCAAGUCCACAAAUUUUGGAUCAGAAUUCUGACCAAGGUUCAUUUUCUGAUACAGCAUUUAGACCAAUAACAAUGAAUUAUGGCGACAAUAGCUCAUCAGAAAGCAGCGAAUUUAGUUAUUCUAGUAAAAAAAGCGAAAACAAAAAUCGAAAGAAACCUUCGAAGAAACAUGAAAGUGUAAGACCACAUCGUAUCACCACAGCGACGCCAGAUAUAAUAACCGUUCAGUCUACAUCGGAGGAAGAUAUAGAAACAAUGGAUUGGACUAACGUUUUAGGAGCUUUUACUAAAACCACACCAAUGGUUUCUCAAACUGAAAAAAUGCUGCUACCUGAAACAACUACACAUAUGAUAACAACGGUACCAGUAACAACCCCUAAAAAGAUUGUAAUGACAACAGAAGCCGCGAAAGAAACAAAAUUAUCCAUAUCAACAACAGUUAAACCCAAAAAGCGUACGCGACCUCCACCAAAAUUUGUAAAACAAGAAAAAAUUAAAAAACACAAGCGAAUCACUACUACAACAACUACUACGACUACUAACGCACCAGAAACUAAUGUUACUAAAAAAAGACUAUUAUACGACCUAACACCACAAGCAAGUUCAGCAGCGACAGGUUCCAUGAAACCAUUUAAAGUCCAUGAAUCAAAUAGCAAAACGACCGUACCCUCGACUUCAAGUACGAGUACAACUACAAGUACAACUACUACUACAACUAAACCAACUACGACAAAAGUAACAACAACAACUCAGACACCUAGCACAACAGUGAAAAAAUCUGUUAGUUCAACGACACAGCCAAAAAAUAAAAAUCGAUUCCGACAAUCAACGUUAAUGUAUAAAGGAACUUCAGUCAAACAUGACAGGUGGAACUCCGCAGCCAUGCAAAAAAAUCAAACGACGACUACAUCAAUACCUUCAUCACUUUUACAUAGAAGAAAAGGUUCUAAUUUUCAUGGUUAUAUUUCAUCAACUACUCCUAGACAAGUUGAUGAAGAAAAAGAAAAAAAUAAUCAUGCAGAUCGGAAAUCGGGUUUUUUCGAUUUAAAGGCAAGUACUACUAAAACACCCGACGCCACACAAGCCAGUUCUAAUUAUGAAGAAACUGCGGAUCAAUAUGAAAGUAAUAGUGUUUUACCAAUAGAAAGGUCACAUGAGACAAAUGAAGAUAAUAAAAAUUAUAACAAUGAAUCCAAAGAUCGUACAGAGUACAUAUUUCAAUCUACAACUACACCAUUUUACGAAGUAGAGCAAACAUCAUCACUUGAAAAAUUAGUGGAAGUUGAUUCGACAUCGUAUACACAGUCUAAAAAUAAAACAAAGUGCAAAAAGAAAAAAAAUAGUCACUCAACUACAGAAGAAAAUAUGGAUAUAGAUUUUGAUAACCCUACAACAAUAGUAGUCCCUACUACAACUACACCUAAAACAUCAUCAGAAAUACCUACAACAAGUGAUAUUCUUCAAGAACUCUUUAACAUUGAUUUUAAGGGUAAUAAUGAUGAAACUGUAAAUGAUACUGAUGAACCAAAGUCUGAUUUAGACGAAGACGAAAGCUUAAAUCCCGAAAGUUAUUCAAAAAUCGAUACAGAUUUUGACUUUUUAGGAGUGUUGAAUGGUAAAAAAGAACAUAGGUCGUACGAGCAAAACGAUUAUCACUAUGAAAGUGAUGAUGAAACAGAUGAUAAUGAUGAAGACAACAGCUAUGAAGAUGAAUAUGAAGAGAGCAAAAUACCUUCCAUUGAAGACGAUGAUGAUGAUACUGAAUUUGAGUCAGAUGAAGAUGAUGAAGACAAAAAUGAAACUAAAAAAUCAUUUAAGGACAACCAAGAGAAAAAACACUCUUACAGCUUUUUAGAGUUAAUGGCCAUGUCAUAGACUGAAUUUUCUAAAUUAUAAUUUCACUUGCAGCUUUAAAUAAGUCACGAGAAUAUUAGUAUAUGACAAAUGAAAAGGCAUUUAAGAUAUAUUUAUAAUUAUAUUGUCUGUCAGUAAGUCUUUAAUCAAAUUCUGUAGCAGAUUUUUCAAUGUAAAUAUUUAAUAAUCUAUAUAAGUCUAGAGUAAUAAAGUAUUUUUAUAUACAAGUUAAUAAAUGUUAAUAAUA